AUGAGUUUACCAUUGUCUACAAUAGAUCAAUUUAUAAAUUUUGGCCUUUCAAUAAUGAUAAUGCAGGUAUCUAAAAAACCCAUAUUUUUAGAACCAAGAGUUCUUUUCACUCUUAGAGUUAUUUAUGUCGUUAGUGCUCUUUUCCAGGUUAUGUUCUAUUUCAUUAUUAAAAAGAGAAUUAAAAGUGUGAACGAUCAAAGAGUUUUGAAAAUUAAAAAGGAAGUUGGCUUAUUCCAAGAAACCCCCGAUGUAGAAGAAGAAAUUGAAAUUGCUUAUUCUGAAUACGAUCUUAAAGAACUUAACAAGUCAAGUAAAUCUGCCCUUUUGCAAGGUUUAAUUGUAUGUCUUUUACAUUUUAAAUGGAACAUUAUUCAACCUCUUAUCAUUUCUGGCACAGUAGUAUUCAGAAGUUUUCUUUUUAAUCCUUUGUAUCAAAGGUACAUUUUAGGAAGAGAAAUAUUAAGACCCUUAGAUCUUAAUACAUUGUUUGGUAAAGUAGAGACACCAGAAGUUGUUGCUGAUAAAAAACGUAAAAAAGAAGAAUAA